AUGCUUCUCAAGCGAACAAAAAGCGGCGAUUUGGGCAAGGGCAAUAGAAAGGCCCAAGCCGAGCCCGAUCGCCAGCAUCAGCCCACUCCUCGAGCUCCCCCCAAGCUUCCAGAAUUCUUCAGCGGCGCCGAACAACUUUCGAAAUCUUUCGCACCCGAAUUGCAGUCGAGUUCCGUCAUGCCAAGCAGCCGUUCUGGCCGCGAAUCGUCCAGUCGCUCCUCUGCAGAGCCUGCUCGUGCCGUUCCUGCCAACAUCCCAAUCCCUCCCAUUCCCAGCAAUGCCUUUGAUCCCUAUGCUAGAUCGGAGAGCAUGACGAACCGUGGUCGCUACAGCUAUGCCAGCAGCAGUGCUAUGAGCACGAUUAACAAUCCAAGGAGGAUUCGCAGACGAAAGGACCCGACACCAUUCAACAUCCUCAUUCUAGGAAGCCAAAACGCCGGCAAAACCUCCUUUCUCGAGUUCCUCAAGACUGCCUUGGCACUCCCACCGAAGAAGCAGGCCAAGAGGCAGGACGAAGACGUUUUCCAAAUACCUACUCCACCCGUUGGCAACUUCAUCCCACACUACCUGGAGACUGAAAUUGAUGGCGAGAGGAUUGGGCUGACCCUUUGGGAUUCUGAGGGCUUGGAGAAGAACGUCGUUGACCUUCAGUUGAGAGAAAUGUCGUCUUUCUUGGAGAGCAAAUUCGAAGAGACUUUUGCCGAGGAAAUGAAGGUUGUGCGCUCCCCGGGCGCCAAGGAUACCCAUAUCCACGCGGCUUUCUACGUCAUGGAUCCUUCUCGCCUUGAUCGUAACAUUACGACGGCGAAAAUUGCUGCUUCGCGCAAUGGCAUUCCUAAUGGGAGCUAUGGCCAUGCCCGAACACUCGGUGCUCUCGACGAAGAUAUCGACCUCCAAGUCCUCCGGACUCUUCAGCACAAGACAACCGUCAUUCCCGUCAUUUCCAAAGCAGACACCAUCACCACAAAGCACAUGAGUGUCCUCAGAAAGGCAGUCUGGGACAGCAUCAAGACGGCAAACUUGGAUCCUCUGGAGGCUCUGGGCCUGGACGAAGAUAGCAGCAGUGUUAUCGAAGAGGAGGCUGAGGAAUCAGAGGAAGAUGAAGCAGCCGAAAAGCCGACCGCGUCACCGGGCCAUUCCAAGAGGCUCUCUACAAACUCCAUCCGCAGACACAAAUCUGAGGAUGCCAAAGAGGAAGAAGCGCCAUUUCUUCCCCUUUCCAUCAUCAGCCCCGAUCUUUACGAGCCCAGCGUCAUCGGCCGGCAGUUCCCUUGGGGAUUUGCCGACCCCUACAACGAGGAGCACUGCGACUUUGUGCGCUUGAAGGAAGCCGUCUUUACCGAAUGGCGUGCUGAGCUGCGCGAGGCUAGCAGAGAGCAGUGGUACGAGGGCUGGCGAACAAACAGACUCAAGCACCGUGAUCUUCCCCACGCGCGAUAG